AUGAGGAGGAACACGACAAGGCAAAUCUUUGAUACCCACAACGUUGUUUUAAAUAAGCAGAAAUGUGUGUACAAAACAACAAAACUCAAGUUUCUUGGCCAUAUUCUAUCGGACCAUGGUAUCGAAGCGGAUCCGGAGAAAGUUAAAGUGAUCACAGACUUCCGUGCUCCGAAAACUAAGGAGGAGACAAGGAGUUUCCUGGGCCUCGUAACAUACGUGGGGAAAUUUAUACCCGAUCUCGCCAACACGACGGAGCCACUGAAAAGAUUAAUAAAGGCGAAUACCAAAUUUGAUUGGACCAACAAAGAACAGCAAGCCUUUGAUACGUUAAAGAAACAAGUCGUCGAGGUGACAAAGCUGUCAUACUUCAAUAAAAAUCUCCGUACAUGUCUUAUAGCCGAUGCAAGUCCAGUGGCACUGGGAGCUGUUCUGGUACAGGUUGAUGAUCACAACGACCAUCAUAUCGUAUCGUUCGCCAGUAAAAGCCUAACUGAUGUUGAGAAGAGAUAUUCGCAAACGGAGAAAGAAAGCUUGGCACUGCCAUUGGAGUCCAUCUUCAAACCAACUUCGAAACCACCGGCACGUAUCGAACGUUGGUUACUACGCCUACAGUCCUACCGAUUCCGAGUCAUCUAUAAAGCAGGAAAGGAAAACAUCGCAGAUUCCGUGUCGCGUCUUUGUCAGCUUACAGAAGCAGUAGCUUUCGACUGGCAGGAUGAGCAGAAUAUCAAACCAAAGUCUCUAACCAUAUCGGAAAUCAUGGAAAAAAGUAUGCAGGACGAAGAAAUAAUUCAUGCAAUGACCUAUCUUAGCACCAACUCAUGGGAGGCGAACUCAUCCAGUCCAUAUUAUCCGUUCCGAUGGGAGUUAUCGACAGUUGGAAAUGUACUCUUACGCGGAACGAAAAUAGUUAUACCAACAAUACUACGAUCGGAAGUGCUCGAACUGGCUCACGAGGGCCAUCCGGGUGAAUCGGCUAUGAAACGAAGAUUACCUUUACCGAGCAACGACUAUGUACUGGUGUUGAUCGACUAUUUUUCCAGAUACAUGGAAUUAAAAUUUAUAAAAACCAUUUCGUCGAAGGUGCUGAUCGAGCAAAUGGAGGAGAUAUUUUCUCGUUUGGGAAUACCACGAACGCUGAGAGCCGAUAAUGGUCGGCAAUUCGCGAAUGGCGAAGUUGAAAAUAUGAACAAGUCUUUGGUGAAACGCCUUAAAAUUGCGUGGUCGAAAGGGAAAGAUUAUAAAAGAGAGAUCCAAAACUUUGUCAUGAUGUACGACGUAACACCACAUGGAACCACAGGAGCUCCUUCGGAAUUGAUGUUUAACCGGAUCAUUAGAGACAAGAUACCGGAUGUUCGAGACGUUGUGGGUGAUGUCGGUGAAUCCUCGGAAAGAGACUUGGAUUGCUGGAACAAACAGAAGGGAAAAGAGAAAGCAGACAAGGAAGAGGCGCCAAAGCAUCGGAUAUCCAACCCGGAGACAAAAUUGUGCUGA